AUGUCAGCUUCUCAUAUGAAAAUUUCUGAAGUGCAUUCCUUUGAAACCAUUAGAACGACAAGGCUUGAAUUAGAGCAGCUGCAAUCUUCACCACUUCCUGGAGCUCCAUUAGUAAGCUUUGAUCUGCACUUCGAUAAUCUGAAAGUAUUCUUUAUUUUAGGAUUUUCUUAAUAGCGUAUCUCAAACCGUUAACCACCAUGGCACUCUUAUCAAAACCCUCGCAGAAGAGCUUAGAACUCGAGUCAGCACUUCAGAAUUAAUUGAAAUUUUUGGACUUGCUGAGAGAUCUAUCACUGAUAAGCUCGGAUCUGCUGGUAGAGAUCGAAGUGGGGAUGACUUUAAGGAUGCAGUUUAUGCAUUUGCUGAUAAAAUAAAGAUUUUAAGUGAUAAUGUGCUUGACUUAAAGCAGUUCAAGUUUGCUACUGAAACUAGUAUAACCAAUAUUAAUGAAGACCUUGAAAAGAAAAUUACAAAAAAUGAAGCUAAGUCUAUGACUAAAAAAGUAAAGAGUAAAGUUGAAAAAACGGUGAAAGAUAAUUAGAUUAGAGAAAAAAGCGAAGAAUUGCGCAAACAAAUGUUGCAAGGGGAUCAUAAAUUGAGCGAAAAAAUAGCGGAAAUUGAAAAGAAACUUUCAGAUCUUGAGCUAAAUACGUUGUGAAAAAUAAAAGACUGUGAAGAGCUAUUGAAAGUCAGAGUUAAUGAAAAAUACGUGCAUGAUGCUAUUAGAGGAAUUGAAGAUAAGCUAAGAAAUGAGCUGAUCACUUUUAAUGAAGAGAGUAUGGCGAAAUAUGAAAUAAUGCUGAAAGAUUUGCAAAGGGGAUUCGAAAAAAAUGAGCAUGAUUUUGCUAAUAAAUUGAAAGGAAUAAAAGAGGAUGUUAAAGAUCUGUCGGAAAUUUUAAAGAAAAAAAGUGAUUUUGAUAACUGCAGCAAAGAAAUUAGCUCGAUAAAAGAAAUUUUGCAAAAUAUUAAUUUAGCCGAAUUUCAUGGGAAAUUUUUAGAAAUGGAUUUGAAAAUUAGCAAAUUUGAUGAGAAAAUAAGAGAAAUUGUAGGGAAAUUUGUGAACGAGACUUCAAACGAAGAUGUUGAAUACCUUAAGAGAAUGAUAGAGAUUCUAAAGCAGCAGCUUGAAAAUAAAGCAGAUAUAUCAGUUAUUCAAGAAAUUUUAGCUAAAAAUCAAGAAAAAUCUUCAAUUUCCACCUUGCCUCCAAUUCAAGAAAAAUCUGAAAUGAAUGAAUUUUGGAAGUUUAGAGAGAAAAUGAUUGAGCAAAUCCAUAUCUUAGAAUCCAAAGUAGAGAAGCUUGGGAAAAAUUCUGACUUGAGUUCAAUAAAAAAGCUCUUGAAUAGCAAGGCUGGUGAAGAAGAUAUGAAGAACGAACUAGGGGCUCGAGAUGCAAGAUUAGGAGAUCUUGAGAAUGGAAUUUCGCAGAACAUGAAAGACUUAGAUCAUUUAUAUUCCUUGCUUAAAAAGCUUCAGGCUUCAUUAUUUGAAAUGAACUCAAGAUCUGGAUAUGCUUUGGUUGGUAGAAAAACAUUUAUGCCUGCAAAUUGCUUGUCUUGUGGUAGGGGAGAUGCAAAUUUUUCUCCUAUCCAUCCUCAUGUUGUUGGUAGAGAUGGAAAAGUAUACAAAGCUGAUGGAGUCGUAAAAGGCCCUUCAAUAAGCUAUGCUGAGCUUGAAAAUUAUCAGACUGGAGCAGAUGUUUUUACAAUUGAUACUCAUGAGCAAUUCCAUCAUAAAACUGCAUGGGAGGAAGAUGAGUCUCCUCCUAGCAAUGUAUCAAGAUCUCAAAAAACAGCUAUAAACAUAGUUGUCAAUAGAGAGCUGCAGAAGAGUUCUAGCACUCUUCCUUCAACAAUCAAAAAACCUAGGCCACUUAGUGCUAAAAAAUAA